AUGGCAAUUCGUAUUACAUUAGAAUGUGGGCACUCGUCAGUUGUACGUAUGCGUACCACUCCUCAGGGUUAUACUCAUGAUUGGGAAGUAUUUGUACGAGGUAUUGACAAUGCUGAAAUCCACCACUAUGUUGAAAAAGUGGUUUUUCAAUUGCAUCAAACAUUCUCAAGACCAAGGAGGAUCUUGAAAGAUCCACCAUUUGUGAUAAAAGAGUCUGGUUAUGCUGGUUUUGAGAUUCCAAUUCACAUUUAUUUAAAAAAUAAGGAUGAAGGUAGCAAAAAAAUAGAAAUUUUAUAUGAUCUUAACUUACAAUCUAGUGGUCCUGCAAUUACAAAUGUCAUAAGGCAUACUGAAAUAAUUAAUAAUCCAUCGGAUGAAUUUAGGAGGAAAUUAUUGAAGGGUGGCGGUGUUCUCGUAUCCGGUUCUGAAAAUUCAGCUGAGAAGAGUGAACCCAAGGCCUUAACUAUGGUUGGUAAACCAAAGAUGGGUGGUAAUGAAUUAAGAAAGCACAAAAAUAUGGAAUCGAAAACGUCGAAUUCCUUCGCUGAGUUAUUCGGGACACCGCUGAAACCUACGAAAGUUUCUCAAGACACUAGAAAGAAUACAGUUCAGGAAAAAUCGUCGGCUUCUAAAUCGUUAUUUACCUCAGAGAAGUCCGAUAAAGGAGAGAAGACAAAACUUAAAGAUAAUUCACAUAAGGAUAUUAAAAAGGAGAAAAUAGAUGAUAAAAAGGAUAAAAAAAUCAAAGAUCAGCCUCAGGAUAAAAAUCGUAUUAAAGAGAAACCAAAAAGGCCUUCUAGUCCUGCAAAUAGGAGUCAUUCCACUCCCUCUAAUAAAAGGCCGUCAUCUCCAUCAGUUCCAAUAAAAAGACGUAGCCCUUUGCUUCCUCCUGCAAAGAGACCCACUUCUCCAAAAUCAAAAGAAAAGGAAUUGAAGAAGGUAGCCUUCGAAAAAGAGAAGGAUAAGAAUAAAGAAAAAGACAAAGUGAAAGAUAAUUCCAAGAUCAUCGAUUCUAAGAACGACAAGAGAAAGGAUAAGAAAGGGUAUAAAGAUGAUCGGGAUAAAGAGCGAAAAGAUAAAUAUAAAGAUGGAGAACGAUCUGGCUCGAAGGAAGCUGUAAAACUACCCGAGAAGAAAAAUAACAAGUCGGAGAAAUCGGAGAAGUCCGAGAAAGAGAAGAGUCAGGAAUACAAAUCGGCGAAAGACUUACGUAAGUCACCGAAACUUCCAAAGGAUAGUGAGAAAUCAAAGGACGAUAAACUGGUCAAGAUGGAAAAGUCGGAAAAGACUGACAAAUCCGAGAAAACGAAGGACAGUAAAAGUGAGAAAGACAGGCAGAAACACAAGCAUAAAAAAAGGGAUAGGAAGGAUAAACGGGAUUCCAGCAAGGAUAGAGACAAGAAAGACAGACGCGAUAGGGUAAAAUCUUCAGCAGAGAAGCAAAAUAAUGUGCCUAAUGUUUCAGUAACUAAUCCUCUUUCGACACUGUUGGCGGAAAUGCCGGAAAGGGAUAGUAGCGAUUCAGCGCCAUCCGUAGAUGACGAUUCUUUCUCUGAUGCAAAAUUAGUGCCUAUUGUUAAGAAAGAUGUGGAGAAUUUAACGGUAUCCGCAUCGCCGAGGGAAAUGGCGAAGCCAGUUUCACCCGCAACAUCUAUGGACAUGAAGAAGGAAAAGAUAGACCGGAACAAAAGAGAAAAACCAAAAGGGAAAGGGGACGAGAAAGAAAUACGAAAGAGAAAACGGCGAAGUGAUAGCAAAGGCGACGAGGAGCCUGGUGUUAAAAAGGACAGAGGUCAUUCUUCAUCAUCUCCUUUAGAACCAGUUUCAUCGAGUCAGUCACCGGUAGUGGUGGACCAAGAAACAGUUCAUAUGAAGGACAAGGAAGAUCGCGGUGUCAUGGAACAAGUCACUGAGAAACGUAUCGAGACAGAGGCAGAACAAGUGGCGCCUGAUUCGACGAAUAGUACUUUGGUUGAGUCAGAGAUGGGAGAGCCUCCAGUGUUUUCAGAAGAUUACGUGUCACAGUUGAAAGACUUGCAACAGAAGAUUAUGACUUUGCAGGAUAAUCAAGAAUUGCAGAGAGUUGUUCAGGUAAUCGCGGAAACUGGCCAAUACGAGAUCACAAAGAAGACAUUCGACUUUGAUUUGUGUGCUCUAGAUCGUAGAACGGUACAGCGACUCCAACAGUUCUUUGCAUCGUGA